GACAAUGAGGGAGUAGAAGUAGUUUUGAUGGAGACUUGUAAACAUAGUCAACCAAACCAAUGAACUGUUUCCAUUUUCCCCCAUUAUAAAUGUACUAAACUGAAAUAUGGAGAAAUUGAAGCUUUCUGAGGUAUCAGAUCUAAUGGAACCUUCAGUUGGAGGCUGCUCUUCACCCCGUUUGCAGUAUGCUCUUAUGGCGGACAAUCGCAUUCCCAACAUGGAUGAUAGGGUUAAGGACCAGAUUAUGGAUGCACUAAGAGUGAGAGACCAAGGAGAAAACAUAAUUGGAUUAUGCGGGCCAGAUGAAAGAGUCAAGGCUUCUGUCACAACCGUUAUGAGAAGAUCUGAGAGAGAUCAAUUGUUCGAAAAGAUUGUCACAGCAACCGUGACGAAGAAGCCAGACAUUACACAGAUUCAAACACAAAUUGGUGAUGCAAUAUGUCUGAAUUUUGAUGAUAAGAUUGAUCUAGCUGAAUCAUCCUGUUGCAUGUCUUACGGUAAUAACAAAAGAAUAAGAACUGCAGAAAGAGCUCUUCUACUGUGUGCUAAGAUGAAGGAGCUGCAAACAGUCCUAGUUGUAAUGUAUGAUCUCCAUGGUAGACUUGAUUUAAGUGAAAUUGGUAUGCCCUUUGGUGAAGAUCAUAAGGGUUGCAAGAUAUUGCUGACAUCUACAAAUUUGGAGGUUUUAUCCAAAGAAAUGAAGGUUCAUAAAUUGAUACAAUUGUCAGAGACAUGAAAUGAAUCUCUUCUUACUAGAGCGUUUGAAGCAGAGAUGAUGAAAAUCUGAAGUCGAAACAUGAACAUAGUUUGGACUUUGGAAAACAUCACCUUGGAGAGAUUAGAGAUUGACAAGGGCUUGGUACGGUAUAGAUGAAUUAAGACUUUGUUUUUUCUAUUAGUUGCCUGUGCUUGUAAUUCUAAGAUAUGACUGAUUCAGAUAAUAAUAAUAAUAACUGUCAUAAUGUGAUGUGUGGUAA